CGGAAAGCGACAACUUUUCUGAAUGACGAAUAUUUGAAGGGUAUCUCCGCAGCAAGCGAUGACAACUACUUUUAUUUCCGGUCUCACUGCUAUCACAGUUUUCGGAAGAAUGAUGCCCCACACAACUUGAAAGUCGCAUUGUGCAUUUUAAGUGGGGAGGUGAAACAUGCUACAUGUUCCUGCGUUGCUGGGAAGGUUGGUUUUUGUAACCAUAUAUUAGCACUCUUGAUGAAGAUUUGCAAAUUCUCAUUAUAUGAAUGUAAAACUGUCCAUGAACUUGAAAACGAAGAAGACAUGCAGCCAAAGCAAGCAUGUACUUCCUCUUUACAGAGGUGGCAUAGGAAGGGAUGAGGAGACUCUAUAAAUCCACAACCAGCAAUGGAGGUGCUUGUAGCAAAGACCUACCUGGAGCAGCCCAGAUCAUCAGCUCGAGAACCUGGUGUCAGAUGUACACUAUAUGAGGCAAGGAAUAAUAUACAGGGGCAAAAGGCAGAUGAAGAGAAACUGUUGGCAACCUUGAAAGAAUUGAACCCAAAUAUGGCCCUAGCACAGAUUAUGACCCCAAAGGCUGAUUCUAUUCCCUUAGUAGAAACCAAAUUUGGCAGAAGUCCACAAGGCUCGUAUGCUAGCUAUCAACUUGCAGUGACCGAAGAUAAUUUCAAAGUGUUUUGUGACAUCAUGUCUAUCCGAAGGGCAAACCCUGCCAACCAUGGUGAGCAUAUUGUGACAUAUCCAAGAUUUCCCCUAUCAAGUCAGUCUAAUGAACAGUUUGAGAUACCUGCUGAUCUUUCAGAAGCAGAAAAAUCACUGUUAAAGGAUCUGCAAGUUGAUGAAGAUAAACUGAAUGGCAUUGAAAUUAAAACACGCAGCCAAUCAGAGUGCCCUGAAUGGAAGUUGGAAAGGAAAUUCCGAUUUACUGCCUCCAAUUUUGGUCUUAUACGGGACAGAAAAAGAAACCAUGAAUCUUUAGUACAAAAUCUUAUAAAUCCAAAGCCUUUUUCAUCAAGAUAUACUAAUCAUGGACUAAAAUAUGAGCCAAUUGCCUUAGAACAAUAG